AUGGAAGGGAUCUUCAAUAGUAAGGAUCUUUAUGAGUACCUUGAAGAGCAGAAAGAAUCAGGGAUAUCACAGACCAAGAGAAUAUCUCUGUACUACAAAGCAACAUCGAAAAGUGUGGGAGAUGACGAGUACUCACUAAGAAUAUGGCUGGAUUAUAUUUGGUUGCUUAUGGAUGGAACAAAAGACAUGACGGAAGCUAGAGAAACAUUCAGAAUGAUAAAAAUGAGGUUUUGCAAAUUCUACAACUACUGGGAGGCAUACAUCCGGUUUGAGAUUGAGGCAGGAAACGAAAAUCUUGCCAAGAUUCUACAGCACAGUAUUGAUUUUGUCAAAGUAAAGGAGUUUGGCGAGAAGAGGAAGGUAUUAGAGUACUUGGAAUGUGUAAUGUCCCAUGUCCAAAGCGGGCAGGACCUUUCUAUGUUCUUCAAAAGCCCUGAACGGAAUCUUGGGACAGAUUCUCAACUCUCGAACCAUUUUGAAUCGAAGGCAAUAAAGUACAGAAGCAAGAUUUCGAAGAAAGAAGGGAAUGAAUUUUAUCCCAAGCUUGGUAAUGGAAAAGGCAUUCCCAGAAAUGACGAAUCAUAUUCAACGUCUGGAGAGCCCAAAGAGAAUUUGAGCAACAGAAACAAAGUUGAUGGUAACAACCCGGUUUUAUUACCUAGUUUUGACUCGAGACCUAAGAGCUAUUGCGGUGCAGCCUUUGGAACCAUACCUAUUAAGUUCGAAAAGGAGGACUACUCCCAAGGAAUAACUACAGAAAUAAAUACAGCCUUGGGAAGAACAAGUCCUGAGAAGAGUGGUUCGUCUCCAAGAUCUGGGGUGAUAAAGGCCAGAGAGAAGAUAACUGUGAAAGGCCGGGAGGUUGAAAUACUCAAGCAAAUAGGAAAAGGAGGAAGUAGCAAGGUGUACAAGGUUCUUCUAGGAAGCAAUGUAUAUGCCUUGAAAAGGGUUGAAUUGAUCGGAGAUGAGAAGAUGCUUAAUUCAUACAUCAAUGAAAUAAAUCUACUGUAUAAGUUCAAAGGGACACCAGAGAUAGUUGAGAUUAUAGAUCACGAGAUAAGUGAGGAUUAUUUACAUAUCUUGCUGGAAUAUGGAGAAACAGAUCUAUCGAAGAUCAUAAGAAGGGGAGGGUUAAGCAUGAACUUUAUUAAGGAUGUAUGGGAACAGAUGCUUCUGAUAGUGAAGAGGGUUCAUAUGGAGAGGAUAAUCCAUUGCGAUCUUAAGCCUGCGAACUUUCUGUUUGUCAAAGGACGGGUCAAGCUCAUAGACUUUGGAAUAUCAAAGGUUAUAAGAAAUGACACAACCAGUAUUCUCUCUGAAGAGCAGUGUGGAACGGUGAACUACAUGUCCCCUGAGGCCGUUACCCAGAACAAAUCCAAGGUUGCUCGUAGCUCAGAUAUUUGGUCUCUAGGAUGCAUACUAUAUGAGAUGGCCCAUUCAAGGCCUCCAUUGUAUGAGUAUCCUAACCUGAUCCAGAAGAUCCAGAAGUUACAAGAAUAUUCGGAGUUUAAGUAUUCAAGUAAGAACAAACUUGCUGUCAUGGUUAUGAAGGAAUGCCUAGUUAGAGAUCCAAAGAAGAGGCCAACUAUAGACACCCUUCUUAAUCACAGAUUUCUCACUGGGGAAAUGUGCAUAGAGUCCCUUAGAGAAUUAGUUGGAAAGAUCCUUAGAAUUAGUGGAAGGGAAGAGCCUGAUUCUACAUACGUCAAUAAGAUAGCUGAGCAGAUCUACAAUGUCCAUGGAUGGAAUUGGGCAUAA